AUGGAUACGACCGACGAGUCAAACGUGUCGUUCAUCGCAAACCCACUGCUCAUCGAAUACCUGAAGACUUCGGAUAACUUUGAGAGUGACUAUCAGAUGAACGCUACCAUCAAAUACAGUGUCUUAAUGUUCAGCUAUUCUGUCAUAUUCUUGGUGUCACUGAUCGGGAACUCCUUAGUGUGUAAAGUGAUACUCUGCGGACAGACAUCGCGUACGCUCACCAACACCUUAAUCGCCAACUUAGCCAUCAGUGACCUAUUGAUGACUAUAAUCAACAUCCCGUUCAACAUCGCGCGGUUCAUAUUAGACAACUGGCCCUUUGGACAGGUAUUGUGUGUGUUGGUGCCCUUCACACAGUCAACAUCAGUGCACUGCUCAUCCAUAUCCAUGAUGUUCAUAGCCAUUGAACGCUACCGCAUACUAGUGUGUAAUCUGCACCCAACCCAUCACACCUACAUCUUCGGCCACACCAUAUCCAUGGCAUUCAUACUUCUCGGCAUUUGGCUCAUGUCGGCGCUCAUAUCCAUACCGCACGGCAUCUACAACCAGGUGGUCGAGUACGACAACAUCGGACACCAUCUGAUCCGCUGCCGAGUGGUAUACCCGGAGCCCCGGGACCUCUUCCGGCAACGGCUGACUCUCCUGUCAUUUAUGACACAGUAUUUGAUACCAAUUGUGUUGACCUGUGGUUGUUAUCUACGGAUCGGCCUAUUCUUGUGGCAGCGAAAGAUCAUUGGCGUCAUCAGUGAGAUCCAGAGAACUACUAUCAUCAGGAUUAAGAGGCGUAGGAUCAAGAUGUUGGUGCUCGUGGUGGUCGUGUUUGCCAUAUGUUGGCUGCCGUUGAAUAUCUACCACUUGUUGACGGACUUCGAUGCCAUCGACUACUCCCUCACCGUAUUCUUCAUCACCCAUUGCUUCGCUAUGUCCAGCGUUUGUUACAAUCCAUUCAUCUAUUGCUGGCUCAACAAGAAAUUCAAGCAAAGGGUAAAGAAUCUCAUGUAUUGUGUGUCCACUCGUAGCCAACAAAGCGUUUCCAUACCAUUGAAUACAUUCUUCGAUGUCGUCGAUGUCGGUCCAGAAAUCAUUGAAUCCAGUGUUGGAGAUAAUCAUUGAUACAAUCGUUAAAGGCUUAGACAUUCAACGAAUAUAUGAAUAAAAGUGAAUUCAAUAUGAAUAGGAAUUUUUGGAGAGAGAGAGAGAGAGAAAGAGAGAGAGAGA